UGAUGUAGGGUUUCCUGCCUAAGCAGGGGGUUGGCCUAGAAGACCUCCAAGGUCCCUUCCAACUCUGCUAUUCUAAAUAACGGAAAGGCGAACUCUUAAGCGCUUUUAAGGCCAUAUCCAGACUAUAGAUUCUCUUGGAUUUGUGUUCUUCACCCUCAGCAACUUGUGGGCGUGUGGACUUUAGCUCCCAGCUGGCUGGAGAAUUCUGGGAUUUGAAGUCCAUGCCUCCUAAAGGUACCGUGGUUGAGAAACAUUAACUUAGUCCUGACUAUUGAUGAAGGCCACUGGUAGAUCAUCUCAUAACUGACCACCACACUUUUGUCUAUUUGAAAGACCUUUCCAAUAGAAUCCAUUUGAUCUCCAGUGACCGGCGCACAUUUCUGAAACUCUUUUUUUUUUUUUAACAUGCUCUUCACAGUGCUAGGACGCUGCAUGCCACCUGGCCCUCCCUCCCUCCCUCCCUCCCGGCUCCACUUCUUUGCAAGACUAACCAUUGCGUAAAGUAAAGGUAAAGUUGGACGUGUAGACAUGGGAACCGAGGGUGGGCCUUCCUAGCCAAGUAGCAGGGCAUGGCAGAAGGUGAGGAAGGUGGCGACGAUGCCCAAGUCCCACCCGUCCGCCUCUGGGUACGGCGGAUGGGCGUCUACUGCGAUGAGAACCAAGCAACAUGGCUGGUGGCCCCAGAAGAGGAAGGAGGGACGCUAAAAGCCCGGAUCAGAAGAAUCCCUGUGCCCCUGGGCGAAGCCGUUCGCCCCAGCCGCCUUCCUGCUUCUCAGCUGCCCCACAUGUGGCAGCUCUCGGAGGGGCCGCAGUACCGAGACAGUAACUCUCGCAUCUGGGGCAUCGAACACCACUUAACGGUCAUGGGAGUGGAAGAGCUGCUGUUGCAACUCCUGACCAGCAAUUAAACCCGGAGCUGCAAACGCUAGGACAGUCGUCCCGUUGUGUUUUUUUAAUGUGUUAACUCCUAGCACUCAAAAUGCCGCUGCCCGCGAGGCAGAGC